CUUUUGAACAAACUCUUCUGGCAGGUGGGCAACCUAGAAAGCCAGGUGAUGCCAUUGGCUACUAGAGUUGUAGGUUGGCUGACUCCUUUAGCUGAUGGCAUGUUGAGGUACAUGGGCCAGCAACAGCGAGGGCAUCUGAUUCAGAGGGGGCCACUCUAGAGGCCAGGCCACCAGCACCAUGGGCCAGUGUGUCACCAAGUGUAAGAAUCCCUCAUCAACUCUGGGCAGCAAGAAUGGAGACCGUGACCCCAGCAGCAAGUCACACAGCAGGCGGAGUGCAGGCCACCGCGAGGAGCAGGUGCCACCCUGUGGCAAGCCAGGUGGGGAUAUCCUCGUCAAUGGGACCAAGAAGGCGGAGGCUGCCACUGAGGCCUGCCAACUGCCAACCUCCUCAGGAGAUGCUGGGAGGGAGUCCAAGUCCAAUGCUGAGGAGUCUUCCUUGCAGAGGUUGGAAGAACUGUUCAGGCGCUACAAGGAUGAGCGGGAGGAUGCAAUUUUGGAGGAAGGCAUGGAGCGCUUUUGCAAUGACCUAUGUGUUGACCCCACAGAAUUUCGAGUGCUGCUCUUGGCUUGGAAGUUCCAGGCUGCAACCAUGUGCAAAUUCACCAGGAAGGAGUUUUUUGAUGGCUGCAGAGCAAUAAGUGCAGAUAGCAUUGAUGGAAUCUGUGCACGGUUCCCUAGCCUCUUAACAGAAGCCAAACAAGAGGAUAAAUUCAAGGAUCUCUACCGGUUUACAUUUCAGUUUGGCUUGGACUCUGAAGAAGGGCAGCGAUCACUGCAUCGGGAAAUAGCCAUUGCCCUGUGGAAACUAGUCUUUACCCAGAACAAUCCUCCAGUAUUGGACCAAUGGCUAAACUUCCUAACAGAGAACCCCUCGGGGAUCAAGGGCAUCUCCCGGGACACUUGGAACAUGUUCCUUAACUUCACUCAGGUGAUUGGCCCCGACCUCAGCAACUACAGUGAAGAUGAGGCCUGGCCAAGUCUCUUCGAUACCUUUGUGGAGUGGGAAAUGGAGCGAAGGAAAAGAGAAGGGGAAGGGAGAGGUGCACUCAGCUCAGGGCCCGAGGGCUUGUGUCCCGAGGAGCAGACUUAGUGACUCUGUCCCAGGAGCAGCAGCAUGGAUCUGCCCGCUGCCCUGCAGCCAACCAAGGAAUCGGACCUUUCUGGAAAUUACUGAAGAUCCGGAUAUUUUCUACUUUACACCUUUCUCUGCCUUGUAUCUGAAAGGGCUCUAAAAUGCUGUAUCAUGUUUUA